AUGAAAAUCAUCGUUCCUCGGGCGCUGCGGAGGCCAAUUGGGAUGAUAUAUAGAUUUAUUUAUCGCCAUCACCGUCGUAUCUUGAAGCUAACAAGGCCCAUCAUUGAAGAGCGCAAGAAAGAGAAACAGCUUUCGAAGGAACAUCCGACCGAGGUCAUGAUCGGAUGGUUGAUGGAUGCAGCUCCCGACUCGGAUGAACAGUCGGUGGAGUCUCUUGCCAUGCGUUUACUGAACGUCAAUUUUGUUUCGUUACACACCACAACGAAAGUCUUUAUUCAUGCACUUUACAACCUAGCCGCCAAUCCGAAAUACAUUCCGGAAUUACGCCAGGAAGCCGAGCAAGUUCUCGAUAAGGACCAUCCUGAUGGAUGGUCGAAGGAGGCGCUAGGUCGCUGCGUCAAACUGGAUAGUUUCUUCAAGGAGGCACUUCGUUGGGCUCUAUCAGCCUUCCGCGUUUGA